CCAUCGUCGUUGCGUUAAGGUUACUGACUCGCGCUUCUAUUGAACCAGGCGAACGCGGCUUCGGUGAUCACCCGCAGCAGCAACAAUACGGCGGCUACGGUAGCGGCGCUCCUCCCUCCAACUACCCUUACCCCUCGCAGGCACAGCCUCAAUCGGGCCCGGACCACGGUUACGGCGGCCAGCCCAGCUACGCCCAGACGCCGCCUCCGGCUCCCCAGUCUGCCGCGCCCCCCAUGGCCGCUCCUUCCGUCUCCAGCGGCUGGUUGGUCCAGUGGGACACCAACAACAAUCGCUGGUUCUAUGUCGACCAGAGCACCGGCCGUUCCCAGUGGGAGCACCCGUCCCCUCCUACCGGUGGCCAGGGCGGCUCCUCCUACGCCCCGCCUCCCGUUCCCCCCCACCCUUCCUCCGACACUCGAGGCUUCGGCGACCAGGGUCACGGCUACGGCUCACCCGCUCCCCAGUACGGCGGUGCUCCCGCUCCCUACGGAGGCAACCCCAGCUACGGUGGUUCUCCCGCCCCCUAUGGCCAGCCUCAGUACGGCGGCGCUCCCGCUCCCUACGGCCAAGCUCCCUACGGCCAGGACCCGUACGCUCAGCAGCAGGGCCAGAACCCGUACGGCACCAAGGACAAGGAGAAGAAGAGCAGCAGCAGCGGUAUGCUCCUUGGAGCUGCCGGUGGUCUCGCUGUCGGUGCCGUUGGUGGCGCGUUGAUUGCUAACGCCCUUGACGACUCUGAUGAUGAGCACAAGGCCGCCGCUGCCCCUGCAGCGCAGCCUCAGUACGGAGGCUACCAGGACCCCUACAACCAGCCUCCUGCCGUGCUCCCCGCUACUGACGCGGAUGGCUCCUCCGUCUCUUCCAGUGAUCGUGAGGAGGUCCAGAAGGCCAGAGAGGAGUACGAGGAGGCUCUCGCCGACGCCGCGGACUCGGACGCCAGCAGCAGCGACCACGAGCGCCUCGAGGAGGCCAGAGAAGAGUACGAGGAGGCGUACGAGGAGGUUUACGAGGAUUAGACGCAGCAUCCCGAGCAACUUUGAACCUGGAGUUUGCGCGCGGUCAGAGUGUCAAAUUGGAACUGCGAAACUUGCUAUGACGACUUGACGACAAAAACAUGAUGGCUCAGCAUUGCGUGGCAGUUGUGACGGCCUC